GGGGACUUCCAGCAGCUGCCCCCGCCGCUCGGCGCUGCGAUCAUGGAACUUCCCCUGCUGUGGGGGCUGGUGGUGAUGGCUGGUGUGAUGCCGGCCCAGGGCGGGAUCCUGAACCUGAACAAGAUGAUCGAGAAAAUGACCAGGAAGAUACCCCUCUUCUCCUACUGGCCCUACGGCUGUUACUGCGGACUUGGUGGCAGAGGCCAGCCCAAAGAUGCCUCGGACUGGUGCUGCAAGGUCCACGACUGCUGCUACGCCCACCUGAAGACCCACGGCUGCCGCUUCCACACGGACCACUACAAAUACAACUUCUCCCAGGGGGUCAUCCACUGCUCCGACAAGGGGACCUGGUGUGAGCGGGAGCUGUGUGCCUGUGACAAGGAGAUAGCCUCCUGCCUGAAGCGCAACCUGGACACCUACAACAAGCGCCUGCGUUUCUACUGGCGGCCCCACUGCAAGGGCCCGACCCCCAACUGCUAGGAGAAGCCGCACCCCUCUCCCCGCCCCCCGCCCCUGUCCCUCGGCACCCUGAGCUCUGAAAGUCCCGCAGGAUCACCGACAUCCCUGCCCCAGCAUCUAACUGGAAACAGCCUGGCUUUUAAAACAUUCCUGGGGACACAGGUUCCCAGCGCCCCCCGCAUGCCUCCUGCCCUUCUGGCUCCUCCCAACCAAGGCGGCAGCCAAGUCCUCUGUGGGUGCAUCCGGAUCUCGGGAAAAGCCGGGCAUGAGAGCCCCCAGGAUGGCAUUUGGGCCAAGGCAGCAGGGGUGGAGGCAGGGGUCUGGGGGCCACUGUGGCGAGUUCUGUGGGGUAGGGGGGGCGGCUCCCUGCCACUGCCCCCACCUGCUGGCCCCCAGCCCCAUCUCACCCGCUCCGAUACACCCUCCAGCAGCACCUGAGCGGCCUCUCUAAAGGGCAAUUUUUAUCUGUCCAUCCCCGUGACUCUCUCUCUUAAAACCCCAAGGCCCUCCCCUGCCCUAGGAUAAAGCGUCUCUUUGACAUUGGGACCCCACAUAGCCCCACAUAGAGGCCCUGUGUCCCUCUCCCCGACUAGGCUCUGAGGUUCCUGCAGGUGGAGCCCAGGACUGUCCUGGGCUCAGAAUGGAGAAGGGGCUCCAGGCACGGGCCCUGGAGUACUUGCUGCUGCCCCCGGGCAUUUGCUCAGGAUAGGCUCCCUGCAGAACCACCCCUGCCCCGCUGUCUCCUCGGGACCAGCCCUUCCCAGCUCCUCAGGGUCAGAGGCUGCUUCCCCGAGUGUCCCCAGGCUGACUCCUCUGCCCCUGCUGCCAGGGCUCACUCCCUCUGAUGAGCUCCCGUAGCCCUUCAGGGCUCUACUGUUUAGCUUUAGCUUGAGUGGCACGUGGGACUUCUCUGAUGUCCCACAACUACCCUGGAGCUCCCAGAGGACAGAGACCAUGUCUACCCCAUCCUUGUGUCCUCUGCUCUCACACACAGUAGGUGCUCAAUUAAUGCUUGUGGAUCAAAUAUGCCCAUAAUGGAUAGAUGGAGGAUGUAGCAGAUAUUGUUGAUGCCCCACCCAGAGCCCCUCCAGACCUGGGCUCCCCACCCCCAGAGAAGCUGGGUGUUGGCUGCUGAGUACCCCAAUCUGCCUCCUUCUCCUAAGGGUCACCCUGGUCUACUGGGAGCUGCCUUGUCUCCACCCCACGCCCCUCCCCCCCAGGGGCCACCUGUAACCAACAACCAGGAGAGGAGACCACACCACGGAGGGGACAACUGCCCUGCCCCCUUGCCUCUUUGCAGCACCAUUGGAGUGGUGCAACACCCCAGAAUUUCUCCUGAGAUGGAGCUGAGGCCAGACUUUCCCUGGAACCACUCUCCGCGUGGUCGCACCCUAGCCUGUCCUGUUUUCCUGGU